UUAUGUUAGUACCAUCAAAUAUACUUGGAUGGAGGUGUGAUGCCGUCUGUAUAUAGGACUGAAUUAAUUUUUGCCUGUUUCUCUUCAUGCCAACUUAUCUUCCUGAAAUUAGAUCGAUUAUAAAUCCAACAAUUUUUAAGAUCAAAAGUAGCAUCUUUUGUUUCGAUCAAGGUGGAUAUAUCUUUCAAAGUACUCUCACUUAAAGCUAUACCAACCAUAUAUAUUUUACAUCCUAAGAUUUCUUUCUGAUUUGUUAAGAAAUAUAAAAGGUUUGAGAAGCUGAAACUCUGCACUCUCGAUUGACAUACAAUUUUAAGUUCUUUUCAUAAUUUGUAGUUUAUUCAAAUCUUUAUGAAAUCUUCGCUUAUUGAUGCGCAAUCUCUGUCUGCAGGAAUAAACAAUGUAUACUUUUUAACCUCAACAACUUGUUUACUUUUGAUAAAUUCUUUUGCAAUAUUCAUUUCAUCCUUAUUUGAUAAAUCAAGGUAUAAUUUUGACGAAUAUUUUUUAGGUUUAGCACUUUUUAAAUAUUUGGAUUUCAAACUUGCCAUGGAUUGACGACCAACAAUUGGGAUAAUUUUUUUAGAUUCUUCAUCUUUAGUUGCUAACUUUGCUGAUGAAUUUACAUUUUCUUCAAGCUUCUUAUUCUCCUCUUGUUUUUCUUUCCCACCUUUAAGGGCAUUCAUAGGCCACACCUGAUUUUCACAAAGAAUGAAAAGAUGGUAUAUAUGAGUAGACACCUUCAUUAUCUCUGGAUUUUCACUGAAGCUAGCUCUUGUGUCGCCUAGUUUUGUUUUGCAAUCUUUGAACUUCAAGAAAUCUUUAUCAUCAAUGAUUUUAGUAACCUCAUUAUUUACUUCAUCAAAUUGAUAUUUGAAUUGAUCUAAAGUCUGCUGAAAAUCAGGGAAAUUAUCUUCAAGAUUGAACUGAUCAAAGUCUUUCUGUAAAGUAUUGAUCAGCUUAGUCAAAGCUUGGAUCUCAUUUUCUAAUCCCAGAACAUUGAUGAUUUGCAUAACUUUACAUUUGAAGUGUAGCUCGACUCCUCAAUCAACUCAGAUCGGUGCUUUAUGACUCUGUCAGUACUUAGUGCUAAUAUUUUGGCACAAUUUGGUAGUUCAGGUUACUCACAUUUAA